AUGUCAUUGGAACCCACUCUCCUAUCCCUGCCGGAUGUUGCAAAAGAUCACUUGAUGGAAUAUUUGAAUUAUAUUGAUAUUGCCCGUCUUCGCAAAACUUGUCGCCUUUUCCGGAACUAUCUCAUUAUGCAUCAACCACAUGCUAAUAUCCAUUCUAUUCAAGUCUCUCAAAACGAAGAAAGUAUGGAGCUCAAUUUGAAAGCUGGACUUCAGGAGGAUCUUCUAAAGAUUGAGUAUAAGAUGGCGAUCAAUGGUGGUUGCUUAAUUGAAGCCAAUUACCAGCAAGGAAAUGCUCGGAUUGUCAGAACAGACGGAAGAAAUUAUUUGGAUGUCUUCUGCGAUGACUUCACAAUGCUCCUCAAACAUCAAAAAUCAGUAUCCCAAGAAUUGAGCUUCACUGCACUGGAAGCUCCUGAAAAGCGUACAGAAUUUUGGGAUAUGAUUCGGAAAGUGAUAACGGACACUGAGGCGACGACCGGGAGGAAACUUUUGCUCAAAAAAAGAAGUUUGACUCUCCAAAACAUAAUGACACCUGACGUUUUCUCUAUUCUCAAUUAUUUGGAUCCAACCUGCAUAGAAAAGAUCGACUUGACUGGAGAAGAUGGAAUAAUGACACCGCUCGAUGGGAUUGUCCAAUUGCCUCACUGGAACCAUUUGGAGGCUGUCACGCUCAACUAUUUCUUUAUUAGAAAUUUUCCGCAAAAUAUAUCUCAUUUGGAAUGGUUUUAUUCGGACAUUAUAGAGCUUACAGCUGAGGAUGUGUUACAGAUAAAAAAUAUGAUGCUACGUUCUGGUCAAUUCCAAAAAAACUACGUCUUAUCUCUCCAUCCAAACCAAGACAACAGUUUUCAACAAUCACUUGGCCCGAUAUUCAGAGAAGAAGAAUUGGAAGAAGGAGUUUUGAGAAAAACAUUGUCACUGGAGCCCACCACUCUUCUAACCCUGCCGGAAGUUGCAAAAGAUCAUUUGAUGGAAUAUUUGAAUUAUAUCGACAAUGCCCGUCUUCGCAAAACUUGCCAUGUCUUCCGUAACUAUCUGAUUGCGAAGCUACCCAAUGCUAAUAUUGAUUAUAUUCAAGUCACUCAGAAGGAAGACAGCAUGGAGCUCAAUUUUAAAACUGAAUUUGAUGAGGAUCUGCUAGAUCUGCUAAAGAUUGAAUAUAAGAAAGUUGGAAACGGAUGUUCCAUUGAAGCGAAUUCGAGCAAGAGGACAUAA